CCCUCUAUCUUGCUGCAUUUAACUCUCGAGGGGGGCUGGGACUGGCGCAACGCUCAUAGCGGGUCUGGAGCCUGAAAUCCGAUCCUUGUUAAUUUUUUUUCUCGUCUGUACGUCUUGUAGCCCAGCAUUCACACAUAUACAAAACACACGCAUCGGGAUCAGCGAUCGUAACUCCCCCGGAGCAGCCAACGAAAAGCAGCCGCUUGCCUUACAACUCCGGGCACUCCGGCAGGGAGCGUCGCGUACGGCGGACACGCGAGAACCAUCACUUCCAUUACCUUCAGAAAGUGACGGGAGCCCAGGACCGAUUCACCAUGCAAGGCAUAUUCUCAUAGAGAAAAAGACCAAAAAACGUUUCACACAACCGCCUUGGACAUAUAAUUUACAACAAAUGAUUACGUGGUGAUAAGGAAUUGUUGCUCCACCAGAAAUUCUGGCGUUGCAACUUACCCUUGGAAGACUUCGCAACAGUUGAAGACACCCUCAGUCUUGGGAUUUAGAAUAUAUUUAAACGUUUUGAAUCUAUUGCAUAUCACUGUACAUUUGUACGGAUUUGGAGGAUUUAAACGAUUCACACAGGAUUACUGUAACAUUGGAAACCUACAGGGGCAGCCGCAGCGAGGGUGACGUCGCCCCCCCCAGUAUGAGUGCGGGGCAUGUGUGAGCCAGGCUGGAGCCCGUCCCGCCAGGAGGCCAUGGCACUCAGCUGUGCCCUCUGCCUCUGCUUCAUCUCACUGCUCCGCCCUGCCACUGCUCGGCCCACAGAUGCAGCCUCGAGCGAGACGGCCUUCCUCGAGGACUUUCUCCUGGGACCCGGGGAGACCCUCGAGCUGCCUUGCCGCACGCCGGCCGGAGCCCAGUCCGUCACCUGGCUGAAGGAUGGCGUGGGCCUGUUUCCUAGCAACCGCACCUGGAUAGGACAGCGCAUCCAAGUCGUCAAUGUGUCGUUCGAGGAUUCCGGUGUGUACGCUUGCAGGCUGGAACCUGGCGGCCCAUUGCUGGGUAACUACAGCGUCAGAGUCACAGAUUCAGCGUCUUCUGGUGAUGAUGAAGAUGACGACGAAGACCUGGAGGACGCGGGUGAGAGAGACACUCCGCCGUACUGGACCCGACCAGAUCGCAUGGAAAAGAGGCUUCUGGCCGUACCAGCGGCGAACACAGUCAAGUUCCGCUGUGCCGCAGGCGGCAACCCCGUGCCCGCCAUCCAUUGGCUAAAGAACGGCAAGGAAUUCAAGGGCGAGCAGCGGAUGGGGGGCAUCAAGCUUCGCCACCAGCAGUGGAGCCUCGUCAUGGAGAGUGCAGUGCCCUCCGACCGGGGCAAUUAUACCUGCGUACUGCAGAACAAGUACGGCACCAUCAGCCACACCUAUCAGCUGGAUGUCCUGGAGCGAUCUCCUCACAGGCCCAUCCUCCAGGCAGGCCUCCCAGCCAAUCAGACGGCGGUAGUCGGCAGCGACGUCGAGUUCCACUGUAAAGUAUACAGCGACGCCCAACCACACAUCCAGUGGCUGAAGCACAUCGAGGUCAACGGCAGCCGCUACGGGCCCGACGGCGUGCCCUAUGUCAACAUCCUGAAGACGGCCGGAAUAAACACCACGGAUAAGGAGCUAGAGAUUCUGUUCUUGACCAACGUGUCCUUUGAGGAUGCAGGGGAGUACACUUGUCUAGCGGGGAACUCUAUUGGGUACGCUUACCACUCUGCAUGGCUGACGGUGCUCCCAGCCAUGGAUGAGAUUGAUAAGGAUGACGACUACGCCGACAUCCUGAUCUACGUCACCGGCUGUGUGCUCUUCAUCCUCACCGUGGUCAUCGUCAUCCUGUGCCGCAUGAGGAUGUCCACGCAGAAGACGCUGCCCAGCCCUCCUGUGCAGAAGCUCUCGAAGUUCCCUCUCAAGAGACAGCAGGUGUCCUUGGAGUCCAACUCGUCCAUGAAUUCCAACACCCCAUUGGUCAGGAUUGCCCGUCUGUCAUCCAGUGAUGGACCAAUGCUAGCCAACGUGUCAGAACUGGAGCUCCCCGCGGAUCCUAAAUGGGAGUUUCCCCGAAACAGGCUAACACUAGGGAAACCACUGGGCGAGGGCUGCUUUGGGCAGGUGGUCAUGGCCGAGGCUAUUGGGAUUGACAAGGAGAAACCCAACAAGCCCCUGACAGUUGCUGUGAAGAUGCUGAAAGAUGACGCCACUGACAAAGACCUGUCAGAUCUGGUGUCGGAGAUGGAGAUGAUGAAGAUGAUCGGAAAGCACAAAAACAUCAUCAACCUUCUGGGAGCCUGCACUCAGGACGGCCCCCUGUACGUGCUGGUGGAGUUUGCUGCCAAGGGGAAUCUUAGGGAGUAUCUGCGGGCACGCAGACCGCCUGGCAUGGACUACUCUUUCGACACCUGCAAGACACCCCAUGAGCAGCUCACCUUCAAGGAUCUAGUAUCCUGUGCCUAUCAGGUGGCUAGAGGGAUGGAGUACCUGGCCUCUCAGAAGUGCAUUCACAGAGACCUGGCAGCCAGGAACGUCCUUGUGACAGAGGACAACGUUAUGAAAAUCGCAGAUUUCGGUCUGGCCCGGGACGUGCACAACAUCGACUACUACAAAAAGACAACGAACGGUCGGCUGCCUGUGAAAUGGAUGGCUCCGGAAGCUCUGUUCGACCGGGUCUACACGCACCAGAGCGAUGUCUGGUCCUACGGAGUGUUACUGUGGGAGAUCUUCACGCUGGGGGGCUCGCCCUACCCAGGCAUCCCAGUGGAGGAGCUCUUCAAGCUGCUGAAGGACGGACACCGUAUGGAGAAGCCGGCCAACUGCACCCACGAGCUGUACAUGAUCAUGAGGGAGUGUUGGCACGCCGUGCCCCUGCAGAGACCUACCUUCAAGCAGCUGGUGGAAGACCACGACCGCGUCCUCUCCAUGGCCUCCGCUGACGACUACCUGGACCUAUCGGUGCCCUUCGAGCAAUACUCCCCCGCCUGCCCGGACUCCAGCAGCUCCUGUUCCUCCGGGGAUGACUCUGUGUUUGCCCAUGACUCUCUGCCGGAGGAGCCAUGUCUCCCCAAGCAUCACCAGAGCAAUGGUGCCCUCAGGACAUAGACUCCUCCACAGCGCCCCCUAGUGCUGCCCGCCAGCACCUGCACCCACCCGCUGGUUCGGCGGUCGCCGUCACACUUCUUGCAGCUCCCCUACCUUCUCGGCCUUGUGGAUCCCUCCACAUCUCUCCAUAGAAAGGCACCAGACGUCGCUUUUGAAGGAGCUCGUCUUCCAAGCUCAGAAUUAAGAUUCCUGUCUCCUCGCGUGUUUCCCCAGACCCUGACCGAUUACACUGAAGCCAUUCCGUGCCUAAACUAGAACAGAGGACAGGGUGGAAAGUACAAGGAUGUGUUUCUGAUGCUCAGAUUCACUGGUAACGAGCUUGGAGCUCUCCGCAUGAAUGAGGAGAGUCUAGCCUUGUGUCACAGCUUAGCUAGGUCUCCCACGUCUGUUUUCCUUCACCCAAGCAGCUCUUGGCUGAGGAAGGACAUAAAGGAUAGAGGCGCCAUCUCCUUAAUAAAAUCACCCAGACGCUAUGCGCCAGUUUUAGAACAAAACAACACGACAGAGCGAAUCCCACGGAGAAAGCAGAAACUCUGAGUGCCACAGUCUAUAAACAGGGGUAAAUUAAUUGUCUAGUAUUUUAUCAGAAAGUUUGUAUUGUAAAUAUAUAAAAGAAACUAUGUAUCAUAUUUCUAAAAGUAUCAGUGGACUUAUGAGAAGUAUACAUUUGAAAUAUGUCAUUUUAAAAUUAGAGCAUUGCAGUCUAGGAUACACUGUUGUGAUCAUAUAUACAUUUAAGCCUUUGAAAUAUUUCAAAAAAGUUUGACUAAUUAACAUGUAUAUUUGUAAAGUUAUUUAUAGACAUAACAUAUCUGUUCUUAAGGUUUCUAAAAGUUAGUAUAGGAUUUUUUACUGUAAACAAGGUGAUUUUUUUCAGAUUUUGAUUUUAUAACUUAUUAACAAUAGUAAUGAGACAAGAUAUUUUCUGAACCAUUUGAUUCUUCUGAUCUGAUCCAUCUUUAUUUUGUUUACAGUUGAAAGAAUGUAUGAAAAGUAACUUACUGUUGCUUUAAUACAUCUAAGCAAAAUUAAUCACCGGUUAAUGAAAACAGAGGGAGCGAGAGAGACUGGGAAGCUGAUUCUUAGUCGGUUUUCUCCUGGAUUGCAGUGUUGAUUUUUUGCAAUAAUUUCGCAGCGGAUAAAUCUUGAAUUUAAGCAGGUAAUGACUGUGGCUUGCUGAAAAAUUUGGAGGGGGGGUUGUAUCUUAUAAACCCCCAACCAAAGAAAUGUGUAGAAUAGUUAGAAUUGUACAAAAUUGUUCAAGAUUUAACCACUGCCAUCUUGUAUGAAGGCAUGCGUUGUGGUUUAACUUCAAGGAAAGAAUUCCACAAAGCAAACAAAGAAAUGCUAUGACUCUGAAUGGUCUUUAUAUGUGAUUUUCUUAACUUAAUGCGUUUCCACAGUGAAAGAUUUCAAAUGCUUUUGUGUCACCAAGCAGAAACUUGAGAGCCCUUUCAGCUCAGUUUAGGGGUCCAAAGACUUUCCGUCUUCUUUUUUGAUUUUUGGAUCCAAAUAAUAUGGUAUCGAGGGAGAGUCACUGCUCUUUGCCACAUGUACAGGGGCAGAGUCACUGCACUACACUAUGUGUACUGGGGCAGAGUCACUUCACUACACUGUGUGUACAGGGGCAGAGUCACUGCACUACACUAUGUGUACUGGGGCAGAGUCACUUCACUACACUGUGUGUACAGGGGCAGAGUCACUGCACUACACUAUGUGUACUGGGGCAGAGUCACUUCACUACACUGUGUGUACAGGGGCAGAGUCACUGCACUACACUAUGUGUAUUGGGGCAGGGUCACUGCACUACACUGUGUGUAUAGGGGCAGAGUCACUGCACUACACUAUGUGUACUGGAGCAGAGUCACUGCACUGCACUAUGUGUACUGGGGCAGAGUCAUUACUCUUUCCUACAUGUACUGUGCCAGGGUUGCUGCUCCACACUACAAGUACAAGGGAAGAGUCGCUGCGCUUUAUAACAUAUUUGGGGAAGUGUCACUGCUUUACACUGUGUGUAAAGGGCCAGAGUCACCACUCUUUACUAUAUGUGCAGGAGCAGAGUCUCUGCUCUACAUCACAUGUGAAGGAGCAGAGUCACUGCUCUACAGAGGGUCACAGAUUGAAGCUAUAUCUCUGGAAUGGGAGUUUGUUUUCUGCCAAAUAAUUAUAGCACAUCUAUAGUUAUUCCUUAAGUCGUCACAAGUUUCAAAACGUUAUCAACCAUCGCAAAAGGGAGAGUGAUAUCCGAGUGGGGGAAAGUGUCCACUGCCUGCUAAAAACUGAAAACUGUAGUUGCAGCCACAACCCUAGUAGAGCUCCACUUACUUUUUAUCGCAUUUAAUUGGCCGUCUUUCAGCCUCUUAAGUGCCUAAAGCUCACACAGAAAGGGAAGAGACGGGCAUUGCUAUUCUACAAUCUGACCGGAACAUAACAAAAAUGAAUGGCCGCCGAACAACGGGCUUCAUCUGUUGGGGUAAAUCCUGGGAAAUAUAACGCAGUGCACUUCGCAAGAAUCAUUCGGCUGCAUGUCGGUGUCCUUUAAUUUAUUCCUUCGAGAUGGGUGAAUGCUUUCCCUAUGGUGAGAGUAUUUUUAUUCAGCGUCUGUCCUUCUUCACAAAGAGCCAUCUAUAUGUUUAGACCUUCUGUAGCUCACUCACGGUUUUUUGGUGUUUUUUUUUUUGCGUCUUUGCGGAGGUUCUUGUCAAUAUCGUUGCGGGUAAAGAGAAUUGUGGGUAACUGUUGCACUCCAGGUUCUCUUGCUAAAAUGUGGCUGAGCGAGGGAUGAUUUUUCAGGCUUCCUGUUUACUUCCUGUUUACUACUGAAGGCCUCUUGACGGGUACAGUGGGUUUCUUACUGCGGGAAGCACCUAUGUUGGUUUAUCCUGCCCGACCCUUAUUAAAGCCCCCCACACCUUCUUAUUUAUUGUGAUGUAUGUCACACUUGUCCUCAGCAAGAGGACGGUGUGGAGCGGUGUCACUCACAAGCCCCCGUCCCGGCACGGGGAGCGGGAUCCCGGGUUGCCAUGGAGACCGAGCAUCCCUCAGCUCAGCAAGGUGACCCCGCGUCACCAAAGGGACGCCGUAAAAAGUGCCAGUCAGACGAGCAAUACUCUGUCUUCCUAUUCUCAGGCUGGCGCCGAUAGCAAUACUGGUCUAAUCGCUUUUAUUCCAUUUAACUGUUAUUGCUUUAAAGUCCGUUCACAGUGUCACAAAGCGCUUAUUAGAGAAAAAAAAAAAAAGUAAUUUAUAGCUUGAAUUACAUAACUGAUUGUACAUGGAGUAGAUUUUAUGUAGCUGUGUGAUUCGUUUUGUAAAAUUAUAGAAAUGAAAUUCUUUUUCUUUACAGUAUUUUCUUACAAAAAGUCAUCAAAUGUACGUGCAUUCCAUGCUCUUUGUCAUUAAGAAAAUUAAAUAUGUGAUUUGCAAAGAAAUUAAAGUAGAUAUCUUUAUAAUUUA